CAGAUCUGAAACACACAUUUACUAAUGUUUUUUCUUGUUGCACUCAGAAAUGCAUUAUAUUAUGCAAGUAAAAUGGGUCGUGAAUGCAAAAUGAAGUGAGUUUGUGCUUAAAACAAGAACAAAUAUCUGCCAAUAUGGUCAGAAAAAUCAACUUCAUUCAAAGGGAAAGCAAGAUUAUUGGCAGAUAUUUGUUCUUGUUUUAAGCACAAACUAACUUGAAUUUAAUGCAUUUUUCAUUAAUAUGUUUAGUAAUUUUGCUUCUCCAGUAAAUGUAUCUUGAUUUAAGAAAUUUUAGAUAUUUUUUGCUGGAAAACGAUGGAAACAUCACUUUUUGCAGUGCACAUGCCGCUUGGCUGUAGUGAAUGUCUGAGCGAGACGUCACAUCACUUUUAGCCUGAAUGAGAUGGUCUGUAACCAUAGUGACCGCUGUCUGUGUCCAUAGCAUUGUCCAUUGGUUGUGUCUGUAUUAUGUCAAUGGCUGUUUAUAAUCAUAUUGAUGGCAAACUGCUUCCAGACAGUUGGCUUUUAACAGAGAAUCCUUUGGCUGCGUGCACACACACACACACUCACAUUUACACUCACACACACUCACACUGAUAACAUUAUGUCUUCUCCCUGAGGCGCUCUGAGGAAUAUGUGAAGGACAGAAAAAGCAGACCACUCAAUUGAUGGAGUCAAACCUGCUUCACAUCACACAAACGCCCCAAAAUCACAUCCAGUGCAUCUAGAACGUGGCUCUGCUCAAGGUCAGAGGUCAAACGACCACGCCCACAUCACCUUCAGCCAAUCAGACGUCACUCGGUGACCUUUCCUAUCAAUCCCACUGGAGCGAAACCUUCCCAAGGUCAACCAGACAGCUGUCUUUUUCAAGGGGGAGUCAACAUUACACAACUUAUGAGUUAUAGGUAAUAAGGAAGUAUUUUUGUAAUGUGUCAGAACUGCCCAGAGCAAGUUCCCAUAAUUGCUGGCUUUACAUUAACCUCAUCAACAGAGAAACACUUCACAUGACCAGCCAUCACACCUCCGACGCCACAAGUCAUAAAGAGAAACGGAUGAAAAUUUUUACAAGAAUGCAAGCUCUUUUCAAUUUGCUGUUAUAAUCGACUGAAGACAUGCAAAUAAAAGCAUCCGCACAUCUUUUUUAACACGCCGCAUCUGAACGUUCUGCUCGACACAGAAUAAAACCAUCAUAAAACCAGGCAAAGCAUCUCUAUUAUCCAUGAUUGUAACCUCUCAGGCUCUGUAUCAGCUGUUAAUAUUUAAGCUCUUCGCCUUUGAUGGAGCAAGAACAUUCUCACCCCCAUCACAACAGGAUGGACCAAUGAGCUUCCACCUGAGAACUCCAGCAGCUAUAUAACGUGUCAGAUAAACACACAAACCAAACGCAUCUGGAGACUCCAUCUAUUUCACAGUUUGACUCAAUUCACUCCUGAUGGAGAAUCCAGGGUUUGAGAGAUCCAAAGAUGACCCUCCGCAGUACGAGGAGACGUCUUUCUCCAGCAACGGCUUCAGGAACGGGGAACGGCGAGCCGUGCGGCCGUCUGUGGUCAGUGCUUUUGGGCACGACACUCUGGACCGGGUGCCGAACGCCGACUUCUAUCGUAACGCGGCGAGCAUCAGCGGACACAGAGCCAUCAGACCUUCCCUGCAAGAGCUGCACGAUGUUUUCCAGAAGAAUGGAGGCCUUAAUAUCCCUAAUACGGUGGAGGACAGUGAAAGAGCGGACGACUCGACGCUGGGCGAUGUGGAGUCGGUCAUCCCGCUGGAGGAGAAGGACACAGGAGGUGUGGUGAAGUUUGGUUGGAUCAAAGGAGUUCUGGUGAGAUGCAUGCUGAAUAUCUGGGGUGUCAUGCUGUUCAUACGGCUGUCAUGGGUGUUUGGACAAGCAGGAAUAGGUUUGGGAAUAGUGGUCGUGUUGUUGAGCAUAGUGGUGACCAGCGUCACGUGUCUGUCCAUGUCGGCUAUAUGUACCAACGGUGUGGUACGAGGAGGCGGAGCGUAUUACCUCAUUUCCCGCAGUUUGGGUCCUGAGUUCGGCGGCUCCAUCGGUCUGAUCUUUGCGUUCGCCAACGCCGUGGCCGUGGCCAUGUAUGUCGUUGGGUUUGCUGAAACUGUGGUGGAGAUACUCAAGGAAAAUAACGCUCUUAUAGUGGAUCCAAUGAAUGACAUCAGGAUCAUCGGCUGUAUAACGUUGGUUCUGCUGAUGGGCAUCACUGUGGCUGGUAUGGAGUGGGAGGCAAAGGCUCAGGUCGGUCUGUUGGUGAUCCUGCUGGUGGCCAUUGGCAAUGUAUUUGUGGGAACAGUGAUUCCCUCCACCAAAGACAAGCGUUCCAAAGGCUUCUUUAACUAUCAAGAAUCCAUUGCAAAGGAAAACUUUCUACCAGAAUUCCGGGAUGGAGAAACGUUCUUCUCUGUUUUUGCCAUCUUUUUCCCGGCAGCCACUGGGAUCCUUGCUGGAGCCAACAUCUCUGGCGAUCUGAAGGAUCCUCAGGCAGCCCUUCCCAAAGGAACGCUGCUGGCCAUCUUCAUCACAGGGAUAACGUACCUGGGCAUCGCACUGGUUGUUUCCGUCACGGUCGUUCGAGAUGCGACGGGGAACCGCAACGACACUAUUCCAGUGGGUUCCAGUUGCAACUUCUCUUCGGCCUGCAAUCUGGGCUACGACUUCUCAAUCUGCCAGACCACCAAAUGCAACUACGGCCUCAUGAACAACUUCCAGGUAAUGACUCUAGUGUCUGGGUUUGGACCUCUCAUCACUGCAGGAACGUUUUCGGCCACGCUCUCCUCAGCUCUUGCGUCUCUAGUGAGCGCGCCCAAAGUCUUUCAGGCUCUCUGCAAAGACAACAUCUACAAGGCCCUCAAGUUCUUCGCCAAAGGUCACGGGAAAAACAACGAGCCAAUCAGAGGAUACCUCCUGACCUUCAUCAUCGCUGUAGCAUUCAUCCUCAUCGCUGAGCUCAACACCAUCGCUCCCGUCAUCUCCAACUUCUUCCUGGCCUCAUACGCCCUCAUCAACUUUUCCUGCUUCCACGCGUCAUACGCCAAAUCCCCAGGUUGGAGACCGGCGUACAAGUACUAUAACAUGUGGCUGUCUCUGUUCGGAGCCGUGCUCUGCUGUGCCGUGAUGUUUGUGAUUAACUGGUGGGCGGCACUGGUCACCUACGGCAUCGAGUUCUUCCUCUAUAUUUACGUUACUGUGAAGAAGCCAGAUGUGAACUGGGGCUCGUCCACUCAAGCCGUGACCUUCAUAAACGCAGUGAACAACGCUCUGACGUUAUCUACUGUGGACGAACACAUCAAGAACUUCAGACCCAAGUGUCUCGUGAUGACAGGAUCGCCCAGAACCAGACCGGCGCUGCUGGAUGUGGCGCAUUCACUCACUAAGAAUUAUGGGCUGUGUCUGACCUGUGAGGUGUUUUUGGGUCCCCGUGACAAGAAUCUGCAAGACAUGAAUGCUGCCAUUCAGCAGAACCAGAUAUGGCUGAAUAAGCAGAAGCGUAAAGCUUUCUACACGCCUGUCGCCAGUGAGAACCUGCGAGAUGGAGCAGAAGCGCUACUGCAGGCGUCAGGACUUGGCAGAAUGAAGCCGAACACAGUGAUGCUGGGAUUCAAGCGUAACUGGAGAACCGCCAAAUUACAGGAAGUUCAAAACUAUGUUGGAGUUCUACACGAUGCCUUGGAUUUCGAGCACGGGACCGUGAUAAUGAGAAUCAAUCAGGGGAUGGACAUCUCUCACAUCCUCAAAGCAGAAGAGGAAAUGGAGCGUAUGAUCAUGGAGCAGCAGGCUCUGGAGAUGGAGGAGAACGACUUUCAGCCACACGGAGGAAAAGGGUUCUUCAACAGGUCCAAGAAAUCCUCCAAAAAAGAGCUGACCAGCAGAGUUUCUCUGGAUGUUCCUCACACAUCAGAUCUGGCAAAGAUGAAUCAGCGUCUGAUGGAGGCCAGCAGCCAGUUUAAGAAGAAACAGGGCAAAGGGACGAUUGAUGUUUGGUGGCUGUUUGAUGACGGAGGUCUCACGCUGCUCCUGCCUCACAUUCUGACCACACGGAAGAAAUGGAAAGACUGCAAACUCAGAAUCUUCAUCGCCGGGCAGAGUGAACGCAUCGAACAGGACAAAGACGAAAUGCAGCUGCUUAUGAAGAAGUUCAGGAUCAAAUGCGACGACGUUAAAGUAAUCACAGACAUCAACGUCAGGCCCAGCGCAGAGAGCUGGAAACUCUUCCAGGACAUGAUCGAGCCGUUCCGUCUGCACGAGGGUUCGAAGGAGACGACGCAGGCCGAAGCCCUGAGGAAGGAGCAUCCCUGGAAGAUCACAGACGCCGAGCUCGACGCCUUUGAGGAGAAGACAAUCCGGCAGGUGCGUCUGAAUGAGCUUCUUCAGGAGGGCUCGAGAGCAGCUAAACUCGUAGUGGUGAGCAUGCCCAUCGCCCGUAAAGGCUCCGUCUCCGAUCAUCUGUACAUGGCCUGGCUGGAAGCGCUCACAAAGAAUCUUCCGCCGACCCUCCUGAUCCGUGGAAACCACCAGAGUGUGCUGACCUACUACUCAUGAACAAACACUAUGAAUAAAACCUUCUCUAAAUGCACACACAAACACAAGCCGUGUUUGACAAUACUACCAAAGUACUCAUACUAUUUCUGCAGUAUGCAUAUUGUAUGUGUAUGGAUUUUUUUUGACUUAUUAUUUGAUCAGCCAUUUUUAUAUAAAAAAGUAACAUUAAAAAUGCUAAAUAAAAGCCAUGCACUGAAUUUACUAUGCAACAUAAUGCGAUAUAAAUAGCACACUACUGACUGGAACGUCAUUGUUGCAUCUGAACUGCUCUAUACUUCCCUCUACUGGUCAUGUUUAGCUAUAACAACAAUAUAACGGUGUAAAAGCACUUUAGUGUCCAAUUAUUCAGAAUGAUCAAUGAAAGUAUCAUGUUUUUGUAAAUAUUUUCACUAAUUAUGAUAUUAUAUUGCCAAUCCUAUUUAUAUUUCUAUGGUUCUGGGAAAGAUUGUGUAAAAUUAUUUCAUGUUAUAUUAAAAUUCAAUUAUAUAAAUAUAUGUUUUCUCACAGUAAAUAACUAAAAAAAUUCGAAAAUGCAUUUGAAUGCCUCAAAAGUAAAAAAUAAAAAUGGUAAAGUGGUAAAUAUUUCAGUUACUGUACUGUUUGAAUGUGAUGUGUGAUAUGCCUGAUUAAAUAAUUUAUUAUGA